CCCCUGGACCACCUGGACCUCAAGGACUACAAGGGCCAAAGGGAGAGCCAGGAUCUCCAGGAAUCCCAGGAGUUGACGGAGAGCAGGGACUCAAAGGCUCAAAGGGAGACGGGGGGGACCCAGGGAUGCCAGGUGAAAAAGGAGGAAUCGGACUUCCUGGAUUGCCGGGUGCCAAUGGAGUGAAAGGAGAGAAAGGAGACUCCGGAUUGCCAGGUCCUCAGGGCCCUUCUAUCAUAGGCCCACCAGGCCCACCAGGUCCCCAUGGUCCACCAGGCCCCAUGGGACCCCAUGGACUUCCUGGACCAAAGGGAGCAUCUGGCUUAGACGGAAAGCCAGGAGCCCGGGGUACAGAUGGCCCUAUGGGACCGCAUGGCCCUGCAGGUCCCAAAGGAGAAAGAGGUGAAAAAGGAGCUGUGGGAGAGCCCGGACCCAGAGGGCCCUACGGCCUGCCCGGGAAAGAUGGAGAGCCUGGUCUUGAUGGCUUCCCUGGUCCACGAGGCGAGAAGGGUGAUCUAGGAGAAAAGGGAGAAAAGGUGACCUCUGCCUUUCAGCUUGUGCCUGCCUGAUCUCUCUCAUGCUGUCCGCUUUGCUUCCGCUAUGCGGGUCUUUCCUGC